UCGCAUCGAUCCAUGGGGCAAAUUGUGCCAGCGUUCGAUUAUACGGUUUGUUUAUCAACACACUACAGCGCCCGGCAUUUGAUCGAAGGGUUUUGUGUUAUAUCACGCACGGUUUUUUUUCCUUUCACGCUACGGUUUUUCACGGUGAAAGUUUUUGUCUCGCGCAUUGAGAGCUGCAGCAUCGCGUUGCGUACAAAUGGUUGGAAUUAUUAGUUCCGGUGUGUGCCGUGCGACUGUCACCAUCAAAACGUUCCUUUUUCGGGAGUUCCUGCGUAAAGCGAAAGUAAACGGUACGGUACAUUUCUCGCUGGCAAGUAUUGCAGGUGGUGCCGUCUUUCGCAAGCAACUCCAAAGUGUGGCUGGAAGUAGGUGCUUAGUGAUGGGUUCUAGUGGAAGUGUGGUUCCGAGGAAUUUAGACUGGAAUUCGAAAAGAGAAAAAUCAUCCAGCAACGAAGCGGAUCAACACCAAACCCCAUUAACGAUGGAGAAAAAAGACGAACUGGUUGCAAAACUGACACCACUGCAGUACCACGUCACACAGGAAGCUGGAACCGAACGUCCGUUCACCGGGAAGUACAAUAAGUUCUACGAAAAGGGUACCUACAUCUGUGUCGUGUGCAGUCAAGAACUGUUUAGCUCGGAAACGAAAUACGACUCUGGCUGUGGUUGGCCGGCAUUUAACGAUGUGCUCGAUCAGGGCAAGGUGACACUCCACAAAGAUCCAAGCAUCCCCGGGGGUAAUAUCCUAUUGUUGAUCACACAACCAGGCCGCGUGCGGACGGAGGUACGAUGCUCGAAAUGCAAUGCACACAUGGGUCACGUGUUCGAGGAUGGUCCAGCACCGACCCGUAAACGUUACUGUAUCAAUUCGGCCGCGAUCGAAUUUAUGGCAGCCGGUUCCGAACGAAAAGAUGGUUCGAGCUAAGUAAAUUCGGCCGUUGUUUGUGAGAUAAUGGGCUGCGGUAGUUCCAGAUGGCGACCCGAAUUUUCCAGACUCUACAGUUUGAAGGAUUGUGGUACGCUGCACUAUCUUUAACGAGAUAUCUGGAGAGGUUCGUGUCAUGGAGAGGGACGCAAAGGACACGUUGUAAACAGCAAAGCAGCAAAGAUGAAUCGCACUGUGCCAGAAGGCUGAUAUGUAAAAGCUAUAAUAUCGUUCUUCAAUGUCGUCUAAUAUGAUAUGCAGGGGAAGUGGUGCCUAUUUAUUGAUGGAUUAGUUCUAUGGAUUAAUUUUAACCAGCGCCUGAAUGUGCUCCAGUUUGUCCACAACUUAUUCGUCGAAGCAAGCUGAACGUAAAAUAUUCUGUUUGAUUUGGUUUCCAUUCACGAGUCAGGAACGCAUGCUUCCGAUAGCGUAGUGAUAGCAGGAAUCAAGAGAAUAACGAAUAAAAUAAGGAGCGCAGGUUAAAAGUGAAGUCUUAAGGGCAAACAAUAUGUGUGAAAUAACAAAACAUUUCCGGUAAAAAUAAAGCACCUGAUGUUUUAAAAAAAUAUCAGAAAACAAUGUACUCAAGAA